CAUCAAAAUCAGUCUACACACUAUCCCUAUUUCACUGCAAUUCUCUCUCCUCUUCACCCCUCUUCUCUUUCUCAUCAUCAUAAAAACACUUUUUCACUACUCCCCUUCUUCAAUUCACUUUGUAGAAAAAACCCAAAAAGUAAUAAUAUUAUCAUGGCUACUGUGAAGUUGGAGAAAUUGACAUCAAUCGAUGCGCAAUUGAGACUGCUUGCGCCUGGAAAAGUUUCGGAAGAUGAUAAGCUUGUUGAGUAUGAUGCUUUGUUGCUUGAUCGUUUCCUCGAUAUUCUAGAGUCUUUACAUGGCGAAGACAUCAGAGAAACGGUUCAAGAACUGUAUGAGCAUGCUGCUGAAUAUGAAAGGACCCGCGAUACUAAGAAGUUGGAGGACCUGGGAAACUUGAUAACCAGUUUGGAUGCUGGAGAUUCUAUUGUGGUCACAAAAUCUUUUUCACACAUGCUUAAUCUGGCCAACCUAGCUGAGGAAGUUCAGAUUGCUUACCGUAGGAGAAUAAAAAAACUGAAGAAAGGGGAUUUAGCAGAUGAAAGUUCUGCAAUUACUGAAUCAGAUAUUGAAGAAACGCUAAGGAGGCUGGUGGUGGAUAUGAAGUAUUCCCCUGAAGAAGUUUUUGAUACAUUGAAAAACCAGACAGUGGACUUGGUGCUUACGGCUCAUCCUACCCAAUCUGUCCGCAGGUCUUUGCUUCAGAAACAUGGCAGGAUAAGAGAUUGUCUGACACAGUUGUAUGCCAAAGAUAUUACCCCUGAUGAUAAGCAGGAACUUGAUGAAGCUCUCCAAAGAGAGAUACAAGCUGGAUUCCGCACAGAUGAAAUCAGGAGGACACAGCCAACUCCACAGGAUGAGAUGAGGGCAGGAAUGAGCUACUUCCACGAGACAAUUUGGAAAGGUGUUCCAAAAUUUCUAAGACGUGUGGAUACAGCAUUGAAGAACAUAGGAAUUAAUGAACGUGUUCCCUAUAAUGCCCCCCUCAUUCAGUUCUCUUCUUGGAUGGGUGGUGAUCGAGAUGGAAAUCCAAGAGUAACCCCAGAAGUUACUAGAGAUGUGUGCUUGUUGGCUAGAAUGAUGGCUACUAAUAUGUAUUUCUCUCAGAUAGAAGACCUCAUGUUUGAGCUCUCCAUGUGGAGAUGCAAUGAUGAACUUCAAGCUCGAGCGCACGAAAUUCAUAAACAUUCGAAGACGGAUGCCAAACACUAUAUUGAAUUCUGGAAACGAAUUCCUCCAAAUGAGCCAUACCGUGUUAUUCUUGCUGAUGUGAGGGAUAAGCUCUAUAACACACGUGAACAUGCUCGUCAGUUAUUGUCAAAUGAGACCUCUGACGUCCCUGAGGAAUUGACCUUCACCCAUGUUGAUCAGUUUCUGGAGCCUCUUGAGCUAUGCUACAGAUCGCUCUGUGCUUGUGGUGAUCGGCCUGUUGCCGAUGGAAGUCUUCUUGAUUUUAUGCGACAAGUUUCGACUUUUGGGCUUGCUCUUGUAAAGCUUGAUAUUAGGCAAGAAUCAGAUAGGCACACUGAUGUUAUGGAUGCCAUUACUAGGCACCUAGACGUCGGAUCCUACCGUGAAUGGUCAGAGGAGAAGCGACAGGAGUGGCUUUUAUCUGAACUUAGUGGAAAACGUCCUUUGUUUGGCUCUGAUCUCCCCAAAACUGAAGAAAUUGCUGAUGUUUUGGACACUUUUCGUGUAAUCUCAGAACUUCCAUCAGAUAGCUUUGGUGCAUACAUCAUCUCCAUGGCUACUGCACCAUCUGAUGUGCUUGCUGUUGAACUUUUGCAACGUGAAUGCCAUAUUAAGAAUCCUUUAAGGGUUGUCCCUUUGUUUGAGAAACUUGCUGAUCUGGAGGCUGCUCCUGCUGCCCUGACUCGCCUCUUCUCCAUAGAUUGGUACAAAAAUAGGAUUGAUGGGAAGCAAGAAGUCAUGAUUGGAUACUCUGACUCCGGUAAGGAUGCUGGUCGUCUCUCAGCUGCGUGGCAGUUGUACAAAGUUCAGGAAGAGCUGAUAAAAGUAGCCAAGGAAUUUGGUGUGAAACUUACCAUGUUUCAUGGGCGAGGAGGAACUGUAGGAAGAGGAGGGGGUCCUACUCAUCUUGCCAUAUUAUCUCAGCCACCUGAUACUAUUCAUGGAUCACUUCGUGUUACUGUACAAGGUGAGGUAAUUGAACAAUCAUUUGGAGAGGAGCAUUUAUGUUUUAGGACAUUGCAACGGUACACAGCUGCUACACUUGAGCAUGGAAUGCAUCCCCCAAUCUCUCCUAAGCCAGAAUGGCGUGCACUUUUGGACGAGAUGGCUGUUGUUGCCACCAAGGAAUACCGCUCUGUUGUUUUUCACGAGCCUCGCUUUGUCGAAUACUUCCGCCUUGCGACACCGGAGUUGGAGUAUGGACGCAUGAAUAUUGGAAGCCGUCCUGCAAAGAGAAAGCCAAGCGGUGGAAUUGAAUCUCUGCGUGCAAUUCCUUGGAUAUUUGCAUGGACACAAACGAGAUUCCACCUACCGGUGUGGCUUGGAUUUGGAUCAGCUUUUAAACAUGUCCUUGGGAAAGACAUAAGGAAUCUAAAGAUGCUUAAAGAGAUGUACAAUGAAUGGCCUUUCUUUAGGGUGACUAUUGACUUGCUUGAAAUGGUUUUCGCAAAGGGGGACCCUGGAAUUGCUGCUUUGUACGACGACCUUCUGGUGUCAGAGGAAUUGAAGUCCUUUGGGAAACGCUUGAGGGAAAUUUAUGAAGAAACUCAGCACCUUCUCUUAGAGGUAGCUGGGCAUAGGGACCUGCUGGAUGCAGAUCCUUACUUGAAACAGAGACUCCGACUUCGUGAUCCUUACAUUACAGCAUUAAAUGUCUGCCAAGCAUAUACCUUGAAGCGGAUUCGUGAUCCAAGCUUCCAUGUAACCGAGAGGCCACACUUAUCAAAGGACAUAAUAAUGGAGUCAAAGAAUCCAGCUUCCGAGCUCGUCAAGCUUAAUCCUACCAGUGAGUAUCCUCCUGGUCUUGAGGACACAAUUAUCCUGACUAUGAAGGGUAUUGCUGCUGGUAUGCAGAACACUGGUUAACUCACUCAGACCAUAUAUUUUAUUUAUCAUCUGGUUUUCCAGUGAUCCUAUUACUGGCCAUCAUUGGGAUUUGGGAUAGAUCUUUUGCUUUUGUACUAAACAACACUUUUUGCUUAAUGAAACUCUUUUCCUUUGUUUUGUUUAACGAUGACUUGCAAAACUGUUUUUUUUUAUUUAUAAUGAAUAUAUAUGUUUGUUAUUUUGGAAACCA